UUGUUUAUGUCAAAAGACUUUGUGAGUCUUAAAUGACUACGAUAAAUUAGCAGCUCUGCAAAGUUUAGGCUGCACUGCAAGGUGCUUUCAACUAAAUGCUCACUCCAGCAUGAUAACAUGCCAACAAAUGGCAGCAGAGAAAUUGUUUGCUGUGUUAGUCAGCUUAGUUUAGCAAAUUAGCUUGCUACAAUUUGCUAAUUAGAACCAACACAAAAUACAGAUGAGGCUGAUGGGGAUGUCAGUAGUUUUGCAAGUAUGCAGUCAUGAAUCUCAUCCUGAGGGCUCCAUUCUAAGGCUGUUCACACCUGUCAUGAAACAUGUGGGCUAGUUGUUUUUUGGGGUUUCUAGGGUAAUUCAGAAAGUAGUUCAUAACAGUAUAACCACCUGUGCGACUGUGGUAUUACAAAGAAAUAUAAUCUGAUGCUAAGUGUGGGAGAAAAAUAUGAUUCUGAUAUGUAUGAUCAUAUGAGGACAGAAUGAGGCUGAGGUCGUACUGAGUACUGUUUACUGUGUUAACCAGCUUAUUUUAGCACUUUAGCUUGCUAAAUCCAGGUGAUUCUGAUGGAAAUGUACCUAGUUUUGCAGGCAUUUAAUCAUGAACCUCAUUCCUGAGAUAAACAUUUAUACCUAACAGAUUUAAAGGUAAUCCAUCAAACAUCUGUUAGGACAUUUCAAUCAAAACCAAACAUUUCAGCCUAAUAUGAUCAAGGUACCCUUUGAGGAGGCCCAGAGAGUGUCAUGUAAAUUCAGUUAUGACUCAUAACAGUGAAGGACAACCUAACUCUCAUACCCAUAAAGACCACAGACCACUAGACUGAGGGUAUAUAAAACUAGUAAGUGGCUCAGUGCCACAGUAACAGAAACAACGGCACGCAGCCUGAAACUACUCAGUCUUUCCAGUUUGCUUCAGUAAAGUCUCAUCACUUCUUCAUCAUCUUCCUCUUUUAUUCCACCUCCAUGAUGACUGUUGAUGGCAGCUCCAACACCUCUUCCUCCAUCUUCAACAAUUGCUCCUACUCAGGACCACCUCUGACCUCCUGCCUCUGGCCCUGGUACGUGGUUGCCGGUGUGAUUGUCGCAGUCAGUUUCCUACUCGGUAUACCUGCCAACAUCGCAGUGAUCGUAAAACUCAGUCGACAUCUGCACGGUUCCUCGAUCUCGCAGCGACUCUUCUUCAGCCUGGCAGUGUCGGACGUACUCUGCCUGCUCUGCCUGCCUGUUGGUGUGGUCGUGUUCAUCAACGGACCAAGUUUGUCACAUGCGGUGUGUCAACUUCUCUUUUACUCCUUCUUUUUCUGUAUCACCUCCGACGUAAACAUCCUGGUGCUGAUAAGUAUUCAGAGGUACUACCAGGUUCUUCACCCCAAAAAGUGGGAGAAGCUGGGCCGGAUAUGGCAGCGGUUGCUGCUGUUCACUGUGUGGAUGCUCGCAGCCCUGGUGGCUCUUCCGGUUGUGUUUUUCCUAACCGAGGUGAAAAACAAGGAUGAUUUGACUGAUGGUCGUUCCUGCAGGAAUCAGAGGAUCACACCGGUGCUUGAAGCGGUCUACAUCUCCUUUAUCAUUUUCUGCCAUCUACUCUUAUUCUGCUUCUACCUGCUACUUGUUAGAGGAGUCCACCGAACUCAAAUGGCUAACAAAAAAAAGCCUAGAGUGACUAAACUUUUUAUACGAAUAAUCGCUGCUUCACUGGUUGUUGGCUUUUUUCCUCUUGUUCUUCGCGUGGUGUAUGUGACCGCGCUUUUCACAGGAUCGGCCAAACUGCUUCAUGUCAGUCAGAUGCUGACCUUUGUGGAGUGUUUUUACUUCUUCAGUCACUUCCUGAAUCCAUUUCUGUAUUUCUUUGCCUCGCGGCAUCCCGGAUGUGAAAGGAACCGUGCGAGAAAGAGCCUCCUCAUGCCCCUGAAUGACUCCUAAUAUGGAUGCUGCAUUAUGAACAAUGUGAUAUUUCAUACUAAUGUGGUUUGAUGCACAUUAACACAAUAUACAACAUUUGGUCUAAAAGAUAGUCUUGGAGAUAUUGUGUACAGUUUUGCUUUUAAAAUGUAAAAUGUUUGUUUUAUUUUCCUGUUUGUUGUUGCUGUCUUUAUCCACUAUAUCUAUAAUUCUGUAUUUCUACAUGCAUAAUUAUUGAAAUAUAAUUGUUUGUCCCCCAUCUUUAGUAUGGACUGAUGUUCAUUUUAGACAAACUAUGAUAUUUUUAAAGUUUUUGUCUAACACAUGCUAACACAUUAAUUACGUGCCGAGAGACAAUAUUUAAAAAAGGGGGUUUUUGGGGCGGGGCGUUGUUUUUUUUUUUUUGUUUUCUGGGCGGGGUUAGCAGUUUAUGCAGGUCCUAUGUUCACUCUGUUAUUAUUAUUAGCAUGCUAACAUUUGGGAAAGCACAAUCAAAAGUUAUGGGGUCACCAAAGUGACAAAUGUGAACAAAUGGUGGCACAAGAGGAAAAAGUCAGAUGAUCCCUGGGAUUAUCUACUGAGGAUCAUGAAUAUCAGGCAAGAGAAAACUACAGUUGUUAAGAAAUUUCAGUCAGGAAAGCCAACCGUUCGACUCUGCCAUCAGUAGAAAAAUGAUUCACCAUCACCAUACAUGAUUAUAUUUUCUUGUGGAACUUCACAGAUGGGCAAAGGAAGAUUUAGCAGUGUGUG